GCAAGCGUCGUCAGGCAGGUCGGGUCAAUAUCAAUUGGGCAGGUAGGUACAGGGGGAGCAAGCGGAGAAUGGUCGGGGUCACAAGCCAGGGAUCAGAACAGGAGAAGUCAGCAGCGGUUCAGAAACAGGAUGCAGGACAGAAACAGGAUGCAGGACAGAAACAGGAUGCAGGGCCCAGGACAAACACACACCAAGGCAGAGUCUGUGGGUCUGGCCAUCCCUUAAAUACCCCAGCAUAAUCAGUUACAGGUGUUAGCUGGCUGCAAACUUGAGUCUCUGAUUGCUGGGAACACCCGCUGGCCAGCCCUGGUACUGCAGAUCAAAAGGCAGGUGAGUCCCACCAUUGCUGGCCAGUCCAUUCCUAACAGU